AUGUUUUUAAAACUUAUUUUGUUUUUGUCUUUACUGUUACUAGUUUGCAGUAAGUUAUACUCGUUUUGGUACUAGAUUGUUAAUAUAAUUCUGUGCUACCUAACCCUAACCCUGAAAACUUGUUUCUAGAAAUUUAGAAACUUAUAGAGUAUUUUCAGGUAAAAGUCAAUAUCAUAGUCAUCAUCACACUACAGCUAGCCAUCACGAAGCUCAACAUCAUCAACAAUCUCACGGUCAUGAACAACAACAUCAGCAGGGUCAAUCUCAUCAUCAGCCUGAUCAAGAACAUCAUCAACAUGAAGGACAGCAUCAACAAGGUCAUGAACAUCACAACCCUGAAACUCAUGGUACUCAACAUCAUACAGAAAACCAGAAAGGAAGUCAUAAGCAUGGCCAUGUGCCUCAAAGUAGCCAUAAUCAUGAGCAUCAACAGGGGCAUAUAGAAGGUCAUGAACAUCAGCAAGGUCAUGCACAAGCUCAUGAGCAUUCACAAAGUUCUGCUCAUCAACAAAGUCAUGGUCAAGCUCACGAACAUUAUCAAGCUCAAAGCCAGGACCAUGAGCAACAUAAGUCGCCCAAUCACAACUCAGCAGACCAUCACAACAGUCACCAUUCAUCGAAAGACCACCACAAACCUCAUCCUCAACAUGCUUCAAUCCACAAAUCCUUCGUCGACAAGAAAGGCUUUGGCUCCAGCAAGAACAAUCAUGACAAUAGACAUCAUGAAGGUCAUGAAGACCUUCACCUCGACAAAGACGGCAACUUCAUCGAUCCUCAUACUCAACAGGUCUUGAAGGAACUGAAUGAGCUACACUUUGUGAAGCCAAUGGAAACAGAGAACGUUCCUUGUGAUCACCUACUUCAACCUCAGAUUGAUAAGCAUCCAUUUGGGAAGAAGUACAGACUAACUUAUAAAGAUCCUGACUUUGAAGAAGAUUUGGCUACAGAUUGUGAAUCCAUUUGGCUACGGAACAACUUCUACACAAAGCCAUUGAGUCGAGAAGAAGAAGACUUUCCUUUGGCUUAUGCUAGGAAUGUUUAUAAGGUAGGGUUCGACAACGUUUUAAAAAGUCUUUAUAAGGUCUGGUUUAGAAGUUAUAAAAUGAAAUAAGCGUGAAAAUCUGUGCUUCAAUAUAGUCCAUGAUAUUGUAAAGCUAGAUACAUUAUAAUCGAGCUUGGUCAAAGUACGAAAACUAGAGUCACUAAUUUGGUCGAAGGGAAAGGAGAGAUACAAGCUCUAGAGUUUCAAGUCAUAACAAGUGUCUAAAACAACAUAGAACUAUAAAACUUGAAGUAUACUUAACCAAUAAUAUUAGAAAGAUUUUUGUAAUCUAAAAGUUUUUGAUUGGGUUACUGUAACAUGAAGAAUUAGCCAACCAACAUGGGUUUUUCCAGCUAAUUCUUGUUUUUUUUUAAUUUUAAAAGUUUUUUUUAUCAUAGCACUAGUUCAGAACAAAGUAGAACUAUAAAACUUGAUACAUAUUCACUAAUAACAAUAAUAUCAUUUUUGUAAUUUAAGUCUUUAAUUGGGUUACUGUAACAUGACGAAUUAUCUAAUUUUCUUUUGUUAAACCCAAUUCUUCCGGGAUUUUUAGACAUUUUGGCCAUUUUUGAAUGUAUAUUAGUUUUUUGAUAUCUAAAACUUAUUUAUAAUUGAAUUAUAUUUUACAUUAACUUUUCAUUUUAGCUUAUCAACUUGUUCAACUUCUAAAACCACUUGAAAAAAAGAUUUACUACAGUAAACAUAAAAAUGCUGGUUUACAGUGUUUUUGUAGUCAGAGGUUAAAAUAUAUAAAACAUAACACAAAAUAUUUUAAAAUGUCAAUUUUAAAGUAAAAUACAAAUUGACCUAGAGUAAAAAAUUAACAUUAAAAUUUUCAGGACUACCGUUUCAUAGAAAUGGAGCUCUCAACCACUUAUGCUCCUCAAAACCUGUAUUGUUUCGGAAUUGAUGGCAAAUCUGAUGCGUUGUUCCAGCUUAGAAUGAGAAACUUGUCUCAAUGCUUUAACAAUGUCUUCUUGACCGAGUACCGAUAUACGAUGGAUAGUAAAGGGCAUAACACAAACUUGUACCACAUUGAAUGCAUGAAGGUCUUGAGAGAGACUCAAAAGCCUUAUAAGUACUUGUUUUUGUUACAGGUAAGGUGUUAAAGUUGUUGUUCAAAUAAUUUUGUGCUUUUUUGCAAAGCUAAUUUUUGGUGUUACGGGGCUCAGAAUUAUUUGAACAACCUAAUAGUUUUGAAAAAAAAUAAAAAAUCAAAAAAUUUUUGAAAAUAGGUAACAAAAAAAAUUACAAUUCAAAGUAAAUAUAAAACUUUGGAACCAUUUUUUAAAAAAAUUUUAUUUUUAGAACCACGAUGUAGCGUUACAUACAAAUGAAGAGAUGGUACACAUCUUGACCACCUUCCAUGGUACAAAUGAUGUCACUACGGUUCCUACUAGGCCAACUCCAAAAAUCAAAUGGGACUUUGAGUCGAUGAGGGUCUUUAAGAAUAGUAAGUUAUGGCUUUUUGCCCGGCUUGUAACAAUGUUCAUCUUAAAUUGCAACAUUUAAAAAAAAUUUUUUUUUCAAAAUUAAAAAAAAAUUUUUUGAAAUUGUGAAAAUUGAACAAAAUUAAAAAACUACGCCUAUUCCACAAUAUCAUUUGACAUUUUUCAAUUUCCAGUCGCCAGAAACCGUCAAGUUCAAAAUAAUUUCGAGCCAAAGCUAGUACCAACACGUGGCUUCGUUCAAUCGACCUUAUCAAAGGCAGCGGUUGACUUUAUACUAGAAGAACUCUUCCUAGACGUUACGAUAGCCUAUUUCUCUUUAUAUCCAAAGAGCAAAGAUGAAUAUCUGUUCAGCACGAUCAACAACAACGACAAUAUUGCACUGCCUGGAGGGUUUACGAGCAAAUGUACUAAAAAUAAUGGUACUACUACUGGAAUUACUAGGUACGAUAUUUUUUGAUUUGAAAGCGAUGUUAACAAUGCCACUUUUAAUUAUAUUAUUGUUUGGUUUGUUGUUUUAGAGCUCAAAAACAAGAAAAAUUGAGAAAAGGCAGUUCUGCAGCCGGCGGACUCGCGGGCGCAGCUUGAAACAGUUGUUUUUAAAAAUUUAAAUGUGCCAAAACAUAAUUAAUGUAAAAAUAGGUUAAAAACGACAAAACUAUUUUUUUGUUUAAUUCUUACAGUAAAUUUUUAAAAAUUUCAAAAAAAUAUCAAAAUUUUAAAAUUUUGAAUUUUGACUCUUUAGAUACAACAUUUGGCAACGAAAUGCCACUUUAUGUGAAAGUAAACUCUUUCGUCACGGUUUAUGUGUAUUUGGCUUAGAGGACCUGGUCCCAAAACUCGCGGAUUCACCAUUCUUCUUCGCUAACAAAAUGAUGCCAGAGAAGGACUUUAGUGCCAUUUCUUGUUGGCAUGAGAUGCUAUUCAACCGCACCUAUCAUCAACGAGGAUUACAUUAUGUUAAGGAGAAUUACUACUGGAAACUGCCGACGAUUAGGUUUAGGUCUGAUAGUGAAAUGAUGGGCGAUAAGUUUGAUAGUGACACUUUUAAUUGUACUGCGUAUGAGCAUGAGAAGAUUGGUACUAACAUUCAACCAGAUGGGCUAAGGGUAAGUGGAAUUGUCGAUUUUUAAAAGGGUUUGCAAGGUGUUUAGUUAAUUAUUUUAAAAAUCUUGUUACUUACUUUAUAGUAGGGUAGGGUAAGAUAGGGCUGUGAAAGAGCAGAGAUGGGUGAGGUAGAGUAGGGUAGUGUAGGGUAGGGUAAAAAAUAAAUUUUUGGGUACGUUAAACAUAACUUUUUUUAAAUUUUAUAAUCUUUACGUGUCAUUUUAACAAUAAUUUUAAAAUUUUAGUUGGUUGAGUCGUAA